ACAAUGUUCUCGUUUGAAAACCUGCUGAGCAGCCUGCAGGACUGUGUGGUCACCGAGGAACAGGCAGCUGAACAUGUCAACAAAACUCUCCGACUGUUUUCUGAUAAACUGUCUGAAUCCUCCAGGAGCAGCGUGAAGAGGAGCAAGGAGCGCUGCUUGGAGGAGGCUGUCCAGCUGCUGCGGCAGAUCUCAGAGGAUCAGCUUCGUGCUUUUGAGGACCAACACUUCCUGCUUCUGGUCAGACUCCUCUUAUCCAUGCAGCUGCAGAUGGUCAGCAUCUCCUCAGCCUGUCGUAAAGUGGACCAGAUGUUGCAACAUGUGGCGAAGGUGGACCAUCAGCUGGUUUUUAGGGAAACCCUUCAGUGUUUGCACUCCAUAGUCCACAGUGAGCAGAUUUUGUCCUUUGAGGAUUUGCAGAGAGCCUGUAUGCUCCUGGAGGACAGCACCGUUGGUCGACAGGUGUGGCGAGAGUCGUACGUGUCUAUGCUGAAUAAAGUGUCUGAGUUGUUCCCUGUUGUACUGCGACAAGAAUCCCUGAGAGAUGGACCAGUGUGUUACAUCACCGUCAAGGUGUGUUUGCAAAUGUUUCAGCUGCUGUCCAGUGAAGUGGCUCCUCUAGUGUGGGAAAAGGACCACAGAGGCCCGACAGUGCAGAAGAUCCUGCAGGCUCUUAUGGACAUUAUACUUGGACAGUGCUGCAACAGGGACACUCGUCUUCUGGCAGGAACUGCUGUGGCCAUGCUGAUCAACACGGCACCAGAGAGCAGAGCUGGAGGAGCUGCUGCCUGGAGUCUGCUGCAAGUCUCUCACUCGGAGCCCUGGCUGCUGACCGUCGGUGCCCUCCAGGUCCGGUGUGACUCCACGGUGACGGACGGAGUGGACCGGCUGGCUGUGAGCAGAGGCCUCCUGACCUGCUGUCGACCUCACAUCCUGCUCAGUUCACAAGAGGACGCCACAGAAUGUUUACUGCUCAACGGUUUGUUUCCUCUGGUCUAUGCUUUGUGUGAGGAGAAGCUGGAUUGUCAGUACUUUGCCUUCGAAGCGUUGACACUGUGGCUGAAGAAAGUGAAAGAAUGUUUGGUUGAUCUCUGGAAGAUGACCGGUGUUCAGCUUCUGCCCGACAGCAGCAGCCUGCAGCAGCAGCUCAUUCACAUCAUCUGGACCAACGCAGAAAGCCCAGUGGAAGGAGUGUCAGAAUUUGCGCGCAGUGCCUUCGUUCUGCUGCUGGACCUCUAUGAGAAGGACUGUGAGCACUUUUGUGAUACAAAGAAGACUUUUUAUUUUACUUUGCUUCAGCGAAUCAUGAAACUACCCUGGGAAGCCAAAGCCAAAUAUCAUCGCCUUUGUGCCCUGCUGCCAUAUCUGGGUACUGACAUGGUGCUGGAUCAGUAUACAGAGAUUCCCAAUCAUCUCCUGAAGUGCUUGUCGACCAAUCACCUGUCCCCAUGUGGGUCAGAGCUUUACAGAUGUCUGAUCCAGCAGCAGAGGCGAGAGCUCUGCGAUGGCUCACCAAAGUCUGCUUCUAACACUGAGCAGGAUCUGGCCGGUCACUGGGCGAGGCGCUGGCAGCCCGUCCUUCACGACGCUCUGACGUCUGACGUGACUCUUCUGCAGAACAGCAGUUCAACACACUUGCUACCCUGCACCUUUCAGGUUUUCCCGUCUGCCGUAGACCCUCUGCUGGCCUCUCUGGACCCAUACGCCCCCGGACAUCUCCACGCCUGGGCCUGCAUCUUGAGCUCUUACCGAGCCGUGACCGGCGGCUCCCCCUGGACUCUUCAGGGUAGUUCCACCUUUGAAACCCUCCGUCUAGCUCUGGGAUCUGCUGAUGACAAAGUCCGCCUCGCUGCUCUCAAUCUGCUCUGCUGCUGCCCAAAGACCAAAGACUCUCCAACCACGGAGGAGAUGACAAUAAUGAGGACGUUUAUUCCUCAGAACCUGAACUGUGAGUCUUCGCCUUUUCGUCAGCAUUUUCAGGCCGGAGUGAAGAGGUUUCUGGUUCGGAUCAGGGAUGGCUGCUUGGCACAUGUCCGAGGACAAAAGGGCAAAAAGAAAGGAGGUGCCACAAACUCAGAGAGGGAGCACGAUGCGUUGGAGCAGGGAAUAGGGUUUGUGGAAUGGUUGAGUCAACUCCCCUACAGCUAUCUGGCACCAGGACACAGUUAUCAGAGAAAGAAGACUGCGUUGCUGCUGCUGUCUGCAGUGCUGGAGACCUGCACAGACACCUGGAGCCCUGACAAGAAGAAAGGACAACCUCCAGCAAAUAUGGGGUGUCUUAUUAACUGUGCCAGACAACGAGGAUGCUGGGAUUUCUUCUGCAGGACAAAGCAGCUGGUCCUUAUCAGCUGUUUAGAAGAUUCUACCAAUGAGAUUCGGGAGCUCUCAGCCGGGUUAUUGUUGAGAUUUUUCCCGCCCAGUUUUCCAGAUGAUAUCGCCGAAGUGCUGCACACGAGAACCAAACAGCUUCUGUGCAGCCCGCGGGUGCAGGAGGCUCAGAUGGGAGCACUGAUGAUGAAGGUCCUGCUGCAGAAAUCACAGAACUUUGAGGCCUCCAGGCUGAAAAGCAGCAGCAAGGAGUGUAUGGUCAGAGUUCUGGUGAAGGAGCUACAGGAGCACUACGUGACAGCGAAGACGGACAUGAUGCUCGCUGCCAGAACGAAGCCGAUACACGGUGUCCUAAGUGCCCUUCAGAGGUGUUUGCUCGAGGCACCAGAAAGCAUCUACGAGCUACUUGACCACAGUCUGACCCCUGAGCUGCUGAGUCUGCUGGAGGACAUCUCUCUGCUGCUGCUCGGUGUUCUGUACGGAGAUCAGGACGCUUGUGCCACCGAAAAGGACGCCCCGCCGUCUUUUUGCGAUAUGGGAAACGCCAUCAGCUCUCUGAUAGCCCAGGCAUCUUCAGGCGGCCAAGCGGAUGGAGAGGAGUGUGUCCUGCUGUCUGAAGAGCACAGCCUCGUUCUCACCUGCUGCUGGGUCUCCCUCAAGGAGAUAGGAAGUUUUUUAGGUUCACUGGUGGAGAAAAUUCUCACAGAAACCAAAGAACCCAGCAAGUCCCUUCUAACAAAACAGGAUCUGAUGAGAGCAUCAAAAGUGUUCAAGAAUAUUCUUCUCAAAUGCCGCCACUGGGGGGCAGUAGAAGGAUGCUGUAUAGGCUUCACAAAGUUCUGUGCUUGUCUACUGAGCAGCAAUGAUCCAGAGCUUAGAGACAUCCCAGCCCAGAUGCUGAAACAAGGAUUGCAGGUUGUUCAGUGCCUUCGCUCCACAUCUGUGACCCGGCGGGCUGCAGGGUUGCCGAUGUUGAUCCUCUGUGUGGUGUCGGCAGAGGAGGCCAGUAAAGCGCGACCGCUGUUAGCCCACAGUAUGCAAACCUUACUGGAAACGGCCAAAACCCCUCUGAAUGAGCACUGGGACCAAACACUGGACCUGCCUCAGGUGUGUGCGGUUCACACUCUGCAGGCUCUGGUGCGUGGUGCAGGUUUGGGAGUAGCUGUCCUUCAGUUUGCGCCUGCUGUCGCUAUAUUGUCGCUCACUCUGCUCAGCUCUCCGUGCUGGGCCAUGAGGAAUGCCGCUCUGCAGCUUUACAGUUCUCUGUGCUCGCGGAUGCUCGGCCAGAGGUCCAGCAGUGAGGAGACUGGUCCCACCCAGCACAGCAUGUCCCCUCCUGCCUUCUUUUUCCACUAUCCUGCGCUCCAGCCCUUCCUCCUGGGCGAGCUCAGAGCAGCGGCACAAGUCCUCCACGGUCCACCUAAUGAGGCCAAGCUGCACCUCCAGCCCUCGCUCUACCCCAUCCUCACUCUGCUGGCUCAGCUCCAGCCUGGUGUCCAAGAUUCAACAGAAACUUUGUCAGACUUCCUGCCUCCUUUGCUCCAGCUGUCCGCCAGUCCUAUUUACAGUGUGAGAGUGAUGGCCUCCAAGGCUCUGGUUGCCAUGACUCCCCCCUCGGAGUACAUGAACAUCCUCAUCAAACUCACAGCUCAACUUCCCAGUGCACAGGAGUGCUGCUGUCACAACCGGCUCCAUGGCCAGCUGCUGCAGAUCAAAGCUAUUCUGGAAAGAGCUCUGUGUGCAGGCAGGGCCCCUUCAGACGACCUGUGCGAGGUGCUGGUCAGGGUGCGAGCAUCGCUGUGGCUGGCGACUGAAGCUCAACGCUGCCCCCUAGUGAGGGCAGUGUACCUCGGGGUGGCAGACUGUCUGAGAAGCCUGUGCUGUGAGACCUACCUGUCGAAGCUCAGUGACACGCUCAUGCAUGAUCUCCAAACUCCUCAGCAGGGUCUUCAGGUUGGGCUGUCGUCCUUCCAUCAACAAGCCAUCCACUUCCUGUGUGCAGAUCUAAAGUGUGCAUGUAAAAUCUGGGACACCUUCUCUGCAGCGAGUCUCGACCUGAGGCUCUCAUUGGUUACGUGGGUGCUGGAUGGGCGGGGUUCGCUGCAGGCUGGCUUGAAAGGAGCGAUCCAGAGGGUGUUGCAGUCAAACUUGAGAGAAGCACUGUUGAUUGACAACGUGGAGUACCGCCGGACCUACCUCGCAGCCCUGAUAGCAGUGACAGCCGGCGGUGAUUCUGCUUUACCCCAACAUCUGCUGCAUUCAGCCCCACCGGAGGAGCCAGUUCUGCCUGAGUGUCUGGAUCUGUUGCUCAGGGACCUGGAGGCCCAGAGAGGCGGGCCAGAGUUUCUGUCCCAGGCCCUACAUGCUGCUAGUCUGCUGCUUUCCCAGUGGACACACUCCAGUCUAAAGAUAUCCGUGUUGCAGCGCUGGUGCAGCGUCUUGGAGUACCAGCGGGUCCCAGACGCCCCUGAAGCGCUCAGGAUGGCGUGUGCUGAAGCUCUGUGUGUAGCUGGAGCUCCGCUAAUGAACCGCAGCACUCUGCCUGCCAUCACCAUCAGGCUCAUCAACACAGGCCUCUACUUGCUGCAGGACCAAAGCCAGCAGGUGAGGAUGAAAGCGGCCUGUUUUACCUCGAUGCUGCAUCAUGCAAGAGGAGGAGAAAGGACGAAGAGCAUCUACCUCAUGCAGGUCAACCAGGCUCUGCCGAUCCUCCUGGACCUGCUGCUGGAGGACUGCUGGGACACUCCUGGUACACUGGAGGUGCUGCUGGUUCACCUGCCUCAGUCCGACCUCACAUCUGUGCUGAGAGAGGCCUCAGCGGCGGGCUGCUCCAGUCUGUAUGAGCAGGAUGAGGCCAAUGUGUUUGCAGAGCCCUCUGUGAUGUCGGCACAUGUGCUGCCGUACCUGCUGCACAUGGCUGAAAAAUACUCUGAGUCGUCUGCUCUGGCACAGAGCCUGAACUCAUGGGCAGAAGAGAGUGCUGGACAGGUGCUAGAUGGUCUCGCUGUCUGCAAGAAGCUCCUGCCAGCUGAGACAUUGACCCCCACUUGGCUGGCUCUCCUCAUGGACCCCCGUUUCCACAGCACCCUGUGUGGCCUGUUCACCAGAGCUGCCUUUCUCCUCCGGCUGCUGAAAACAUCUGAUAACACACGACACCUCUGUGAUCCUUUAUCCAUGCACAUGAGUUUCCAGGAGGUUUGCCGUCUGCUCGCUCAGAACGGUGUCCACUUUCCCUCCGCUGUAGCAGCUGCUGUGGCUGGAGAGCUGCCGCUGUGACGUAACGCAGGAGCUUUUUUAUGCACUCAAUGGGCAAAGCCUUUUGGCCGGCAUGUCCCGGGAUGAAAUUACCUGUGGGUAUUUUAGGGCUGCUUAUGACAUACACAUGUGUAGCCUUAUUCUUGAAUGAGUGUCACAAGUGCUGAUGCUGCAGUGCAUCAGCAGUUGGGAGGCUGACUAAGUUACAUAAGAGCUCAGUCGCUGCAGUUACUUGUGUCCAUCAUCACAUUUCCUGUGAUGAAUAAGAGACCGUCUGGGCAGUGGGUGCUGUGUGCACAUAAAGAAAACGUAAAACAGCUGCUCCUCAUAAGCUGUUUUUGCGAGAAUAUUUUUAAAUACGAGUUUCUGACAUGAAAUUUUCUGACUCUUUAUUCGUUUUUAGAAUAAAAGUUUUUAUUACAGAGCUACAGGAACAUUUGUUGUGUUGAUCACCUUCAGCUCAAGCAUCGUGCUUUUGUCCUCUGUUGUUCUAGGCUGUGUACUUGUCAUGUCUCAGCAACAAGACUCAGACUGAUGCACUGAUGUAAUGCUACAGCAUCCAGAGAUAAAGAUCAGCCCGGUACGAUGUGUAGCCUCUAAUAGCAUUCAGGCAAAAUGCAGGUUUUGGCUUUUGGUGUAUUUUAGUGAGCUCAUACAGUGCUACAGAAUUAUAGUAUUUUAAAUAUAUUUUAAGAAUCCAGUAGCAGUUUCUCCCAAUCGUUACAAAGUCCUGAAUAAAAAUUUUCAUUGAAAUAUUUUCCAGCUAUUGUAAUUCUAAAAAACACUUGCAAUGGGUGCUUAGUACGUAUGAGUAAAACUGGACCAAAGCAGCUGCUCCUCGUAAGCUUUCAAGGACUUUUUAACAAAAAAAACCCUUUAAAUACGACUUUAUAACAUGACGUAUUUGUUUCUAGAAGAAGUUUUUAAAGCAGAGCUACAGUGAGGUCCAUGUUUGUGGUUACAUCACCUCAAGCUCUGAGUUGUGUACUUGUUUCAGCACCGAUCCUCAGACCGAUGCAUCGAUGUAAUGCUACAGCAUCUGGAGAAAUAGACUGCUCGGCACCCAGCUGGGGAAUACAGUGUAUGGUUUAAUGUUCCAUUAGAGGCCUUCUGCUCGGAUAAGUGUCCAUUUUCCAACCACAUGAGGGCAGACGAUGAUUGACUGGAUGUGAUGGAGAGCUGGCGGUUGCCCCGCAACCGACCACACACUGGAGCAGUCUUACAUCAUCAGAUAGUCCACUGCUUUUGUUUGACAUGGGGUGGCUCUCAGUAUCAGACAAACACUAACACGAAAGAGUUUGUACAUGCUAUAACUGGCCAUGUUCGACCAUCUAUUACAUGUUUAUGGAUGCGUAUUUGUCUAAGAAUCUAAGCAGGCAGUUAAUCAGCAUCUGACUGUAAUGUAGCUCCGUACGUACCUGCAUUGCGUAUGCAUGAAGAGCAUCUAGAUUAGGCAGCAGCAAUUACAAUAAGCUUGUAUUAAUGAUUCAUACAUAAACCUUAUGUAAUGUGUUUCCUAUGACCCACGCCCAAAUCCACACCUGCUGUGUGGAGCUCUAUGAGAUUAACAUGUAGGUGCUUCUGUUUGGGAACAUGACGCAAAACCAGGUAAUGCUAAAUAAAAAAUUGGAAAAACUUUGAACUAUUAUAUCAAGAUUUCUUUCAAAAUUGGGAUUACGUCACACUUGAUGACACAGUGUGCUUUUUUUAAAUGAAAACUUUCUGCUGCUCACUGAAGGAUCAUAACAUUCAGUUUCUUAGAUUCAUAAGUGGUUUAAGACAAAGCUCCAUUGCACAGACUCAUAUGAACUUUUCUUUAAGACAAUGCUGACAACACAUGUUGCUUGAGCUUUCCAGCAUCCCUAAAGACAAAGGCGCGCUUUUAAUGAAAAGACAAACUCAUUGUAGUUUUCAUUCUUGCUUGAACAACAUGUGCAAUAUUGUGUCUUUUGCCGCAACCUUGAAAACAAAGUCUUAAGAAGUGAGUCUGAAGUGUAGCAGGGUUGUAAACCUCCUGGAGGCAGAGUGUGUAUAAUGGAGAGUGACCAUCUGGCUUAAUAAAAGCCUUCCCAAUCGUUACUGCGAGUCUCUGGGCUCUCAGUAAGCCUGCGUCCUGCUAAUUAAAUGAUUAACUAUGGCAACAGGGAACAAGGCCAACUAGGUACAACCACUUUGAUGGGGUGGGUGUAUGUGUGGACAUAAAUACAGACGUAUGUGCACCACUUGGAGCAUGAAAGGAGUGUUUUUCCACUGUUGUGUUACAAGCAGCCAGAGGAUCCUCGCUCUUAAGGGAAAAGAACGGCAAGGCUCAAGUGUUCUUUUCAUUCUACAAAUGGAACAAUAUGAGUUCAUGUCAGUGUGACUGUGCACUUUGAUUUUUAAAAUGAACUGUUUGUCCUGAUUAUAAUAAAGGUUUCUAAUGAGGUUGUUAUUCUACAAA